AUGGGCCAGAACGACCCGAUGGUCAUUCGGAUGGACAUCGCCAAUUACCAGGUGCAUAAGGUAUUAAUUGAUAGUGGUAGUUCUGUGGAUAUCAUUUUUACUAACGUGCUCAGGAAGAUGGAGCUGAGUGAACUAAAAUUGAAACCUGUACAAACUCCCUUGGUCGGGUUCGGGGGAAGCGAGGUCGUGCCCGAAGGGUUGAUUGAUUUACCUGUGUCAAUUGGAGAAGAGCCUCAAAGGAAGACUUGCAUAGUGCGGUUUUUUGUUGUGGACAGCCCGUUCGCGUACAAUGUUGUUUUCGGGCGACCCGGGCUUAACAAGUUUAGAACAGUGGUAUCCACCUAUCAUUUGAAGAUGAAAUUCCCCAUUAAGUAUGGGGUCGGAAAGAACAAGGACAUGUUCGCAUGGAGCCCAUCCGAUUUCAAAGGAAUCGACCCUAAAGUUAUAGUGCAUCACCUCAACAUUGAUCCUCAGAUUAAGCCAGUGAAGCAGAAGAAAAAAAUGUUUGGGGUGGAACGAAACAGGAUCAUUGAAGAGGAGGUGAAUAAGUUGCUACAGGCUGGGUUCGUGAGGGAGAUCCAGUACACGACCUGGCUCUCAAACGUGGUCAUCGUCACAAAGGCUGCAAGAAAAUGGCGCAUGUGCACAUAUUUCACCGAUCUCAACAAGGCAUGCCCAAAGGAUCCUUACCCAUUACCUAGAAUAGAUUUACUGGUUGAUUGA